UCCAUCAGUGGAGCACAGAUCAGCUGAUAUAUACACUCCCACAUCCCUCUGUCUGUCUGUCUGUCUGUCUGUGGCACUGCCUCUCUCUUGCUUCAUCACUCCUCUUCCUCUCUCCUCUCAGCUGUGUCUCCUCUCUCAGCUCAGACACAUACAGAUGCAGCUGACAGGCGGACUCUUUGUCAUUUGUUUGGAUCUUUGGAUCAGCAAAGUGAAGUCAUCAGCUUUCUGCUGCUGAUCAACAACCUUUAACUCACACAGCCUCUCCAAGUGACCGUGAAGCGCCAACUGUGGAUGUGAGCGCGCGCUGGUGCUGAGCAGGAGGAGGAGAGUUUGGAUAAAGAGACACGAGCUUUUCCACGGACUUUUACCCUUUUGCCGUCCCUCUAUCUUCGAUCAGUUUGCAGCACACACCGGCUGAUGCUUGCAGAAAAGUGAAAUGCAAACAGGAGUGAAGUCGUAGACGAGCUGUGCUCCGACGCGCGCACAGAUCUUGCAGGUUCAGCGGUGAGACCCGAGACAAACAUGAAAUCCAGGAGUCAAGACCAGAGUUUGUCUGACUCCAGAGAGCUGGACAGAUCUUACGACCCACUUACAGGUAAUCCACCGUCCAAACCCAAUAAAAAGACCAUAAAGCAGCGCUUCCUCAAACUUCUCCCCUGCUAUCGCUCUGGCUCCAGUUCUUCAACGUCUCAAAGAAGUUCAAGUGAUGAUGCUGAACUGUCGACGGUGUGUUACCGACCGGAGGGGCUCGACCGUCUCGUACAGCAGACCAACUUCAGCAAGAAGGAGCUGCAGGUCCUCUACCGGGGAUUCAAAAACGAGUGUCCCAGUGGUGUGGUGAAUGAAGAGACUUUCAAAAGCAUCUACUCCCAGUUCUUCCCUCAGGGAGAUUCAAGUAUGUACGCUCAUUUCCUGUUUGAAGCUUUUGACACCCAUAACAACGGAUCCGUCAGCUUUGAGGACUUUGUUGUAAGUCUGUCCAUCAUCUUGAGAGGCUCCAUCACUGAUAAACUCAACUGGGCCUUCAAUCUGUACGAUCUCAACAAAGACGGCUGCAUCACCAGAGAGGAGAUGACAGACAUCAUGCGCUCCAUCUAUGACAUGAUGGGGAAGUAUACCUACCCCUGCAUGAGGGAUAACGCUCCCAAGGAGCAUGUUGACAACUUCUUCCAGAAAAUGGACAGGAACAAUGACGGAGUGGUCACCAUCGAGGAAUUCUUAGAGACAUGCCAAAAGGACGAGAGCAUCAUGCAGUCCAUGCACAUGUUUGACCAUGUGAUCUAAAGCUUGAGAAAUAUAAGAUUUUUCCUGCUGCCUGGAGCUCGUCUAAAGUUCUUCAGCCCCCGGCCAGAGUGGACGGAGUUUCUGGGCCCUAAAUAGAGUGGUGCAGGGUGCAAACAACAACGAUCUGAGGAUAUCUUCCCCCAAAACCACCUUUUCUUGUGAAAUGUCUUUUUAUUUAAGGUGUAUAGGGAGACAGCAAAGGUGGAUUUUGGUGUUUUAAGAGCUUGUGUCACGAUUGAAAGAUUUGUGCGGACCACUUCGAACAAGAAAUGUUUAAUGCCGCGGAAAAGCAGCUCAAUAACAACAAGCAUUGAUGGCUCAAAAAACAGCAGAUACAGUCGGCGACAGUCGUGGCCUCUUCGCUCACACAAAUGAUGACUAUUAACUUAUCAUAUUUUCUCUAUUGCAUGAAUGAAUGUGCAGACACAUGGAAGAAAUUGAACAAUGCUCAAAGUGUCAUAGAGUACCACUCACUGUCUAUACUCACAGUAAUCCUAAGGCGGCUCUAAUAACAGGAUGAAAAUCAAGCAAUAAUCUUAAAGUAACAUGUUAUGAAAUAUGUCCUCAGUGUUGUCAUGGGGCUCACCACUCACAUUUACUGUAAUACUGUAUGUUGUGUCUGCAUGAUGUGUCUGUAUCGCCUGGCCAUUGAAAUGUUU